CACCAUUGUUUGCCUUUGGUUAAGACUAGAGUCGUGUGCAAGGGCUUGCUUACUCUUUUUGUUUUUUAGGAAGCUCAGAGUUUGCUUACUGUGCUCCUCGAAGAGUAUAUAAAUCGAAGUACCGGUGAAAGAACGGAGGUUAUGUUUGGCGCCUUUUCUCUUUCAUGGCAGCCACCAUCCCCAUCCCCAAUUAUCUCUCCUCCCUCCCUCAAUCCAUUCUCUCUCCUUCUGUACCUCCAAACUCCCUCCACUGUCACUCAUUCCUUCAUUACUCAGCAAAAACAGCACUACCACCAUCAUCUCUUUCUCUAUCUAAAACCGUAUUUUCUCUCUCUAAUCCCAAACCCCACCUCAUCCCCUUCUCCCCAACCCAAUUCCUCCCAAACCCACAACUUUCUCUCUCUAAACCACCACACCUUCAACCCCUUUUCCCUCCAAACUCUCAAGAUCCUAAUUCUUCAAGCAAUAGUGAUAAACCCACUAAUGACUAUUUCAAUUUGCUCCAUCUAUCAGUUCGUUAUAGUGACAUUGAACUCGCUAUGGCGGUCCACGCCUCGGUUCUGAAGCUUGAUGAAGACACACAACUGCUCAAUGCUGUUAUUGUGGCUUACCUUAAGCUUGGUCUUACAACGCACGCUCAAAAAGUUUUUGCAGGGCUUUCAUCCCCAAAUGUUGUGUCUUAUGCCGCAAUGAUUUCGGGUUUUGCAAAGUCGAAUCGAGAAUAUGAAGCCGUCGAACUUUUCUUUGAAAUGAGGAAUGCAGGUAUUGAACCAAACGAGUAUAGUUUUGUUGCUAUAUUAACUGCUUGUAAUCGGCUUUUGGAGUUAGAAUUAGGUUCUCAAGUCCAUUCUCUGGUGAUCAAAAUGGGUUACUUGAAUUGCAUCUUUGUUUCAAAUGCACUUUUGGGUGUGUAUAGCAAUAGUGGGUGUUUGCAUUUUGUGCUCGACUUGUUUGACGAAAUUCCUCAAAGAGACAUUGCAUCGUGGAAUACAGUGACUGCAGCGAUGGUGAAGGAGUUGAUGUAUGAUUCAGCUUUUGAGUUGUUUCAAGAUAUGCAAAGAAUUGAUGGAUUCAGAGUUGACCGAUUCAUGGUUUCGACCCUUCUGAAUGCCUCCACAAGGGGUCUUGCUUUAAUGAGAGGCCGAGAGAUUCAUGCUCAUGCACUCAAAACUGGGUUUGAGUCCAAUUUGAGUGUUAAUAAUGCUCUUAUUGGAUUCUAUACAAAGUGCGGGAGUGUAAAAGAUGUGGUGACUUUGUUUGAGAGGAUGCCUGUAAAAGAUGUGAUUACUUGGACUGAGAUGGUCACGGCAUACAUGGAAUUUGGAUUAGUUGAUUUGGCUGCAGAUAUUUUUGAUAGGAUGCCGCAGAAGAACUGUGUUUCCUAUAAUGCUCUUUUAGCGGGAUAUUGUCAAAAUGGAAAAGACUUAAGGGCUCUGGGUUUGUUUUGCAGAAUGGUGGAGGAGGGCGUAGAGUUAACAGAUUUCUCUUUGACCAGUGUUCUUAAUGCUUGUGGGUUGCUUGCAGAUACGAAGAUCAGCGAACAGAUCCAUGCCUUUGUUCUCAAGUUUGGUUUUAGAUCAAAUGAUUGUAUUGAAGCAGCGUUGCUUGAUAUGUGCACUAGGUGUAGAAGAAUGGCCGAUGCAGUGAAAAUGUUCCUUAAGUUGCCAUUCAGUCAAAAGAGUUCAAUAAUAUUUACAUCACUGAUAUGUGGGUAUGCUCGAAAUGGGCAGCCAGUUGAGGCAAUUUCUCUUUUCUGCCUGAUGCAAUCAGAAGAAACAAUGGUUGUCGAUGAAGUUGCAUUAGCUGCUGUAUUUGGUGUCUGUGGAACUUUAGGGUUUCAUGUGAUGGGAGAGCAACUCCACUGCCAAGCUCUUAAAUCUGGUCUUCUGUCUGAUAUUGGGGUGGGAAAUGCAUUAAUUAGCAUGUAUUCCAAGUGUGGGAAUAUAAAAGAUGCAAUUAAGGUCUUCAGUAUAAUGCCAACACAUGAUUUAGUUUCAUGGAACAGCUUGGUGGCUGGCCAUCUCCUCUACAGGCAGGGUGAUGAGGCCUUGGCUGUGUGGUCGAAGAUGGAAAAGGCAGGUAUACAGCCGGAUUCAGUUACAUUUGUCUUAGUUAUUUCAGCUUAUAGACACACUAACUCAAAUUUAGUUGAUAAUUGCCAUAGAUUGUUUUGUUCAAUGAAAACCACAUAUAACAUAGAGCCAACUUCAGAGCAUUAUGCCUGCUUGGUUGGUGUCUUGGGUUACUGGGGUCUGGUCGAAGAAGCAGAGGAAAUUAUCAAGAACAUGCCUUUUGAGCCACAGGCUUCUGUUUGGCGAGCUUUGCUUGAUACUUGUCGAACCCAUUUGCAUACAACCCAUGGGAAACGGGUGGCAAAGCAAAUACUUGCUAUGCAGCCACAAGAACCAUCUACAUAUGUUCUUGUGUCAAAUCUGUAUUCUGCAUCGGGAAGAUGGCAUUGCUCUGAAAUGGUCAGAGAGGAGAUGAGGGAGAAGGGGUUCCGUAAAUUCCCUGGUCGAAGUUGGAUCAUUAAUCAAAACAAGGUUCAUUCAUUCUAUGCAAGGGAUAAAUCACAUCCUCAAUCCAAAGACAUACAUAGUGGUUUAGAAAUACUUAUCUUGGAAAGCCUAAAAGCUGGAUAUGUGCCUGACACGAGCUUUGUGCUUCAUGAAGUAGAGGAGCAUCAGAAGAAGGAAUUUUUGUUCUAUCAUAGUGCCAAACUAGCUGUUACCUAUGGGCUUCUGAUGACAAGGCCAGGGAAACCCAUUCGUGUUGUGAAGAACAUCAUUCUCUGUGGGGACUGCCAUACAUUUUUGAAGUAUGUUUCAGUUGUAACUAAAAGGGAGAUACAUGUGAGGGAUAGUUCGGGUUUUCACUGUUUCGUGAAUGGUCAGUGCUCGUGCCAAGAUCACUGGUAAUGAGCUUGAUUGGCUCUGCCCCAAGACUAAUUUUUCAUUUUCCUUUCCAUUCUUUUUGGCGGACUCAGAAGACUGGAGCUGCUGUAAAUUGUAUGUAUUUAUCUGUGUAGUUCUUCAAAGAGAAUAUCAAUUAAAAGAUACCUCCAAUAUUGGUGUUGUGUGUUGUAUCCCUCUGUUCCCUAUUACCCUUCAUAUCUUUAACUUCAAUAAAUCUUAUUUUCAACA